AUGGCGACGAUCUACCGUGCGACUUACUCGGGCGUACCCGUCUACGAAAUGCCUUGUCACGGCGUCGCCGUCAUGCGCCGCAAGUCAGAUGCCUGGCUGAAUGCGACCCAAAUCCUCAAAGUGGCCGGCUUCGACAAGCCUCAGCGCACGCGUGUACUCGAGCGCGAGGUGCAGAAGGGGACGCAUGAGAAGGUUCAGGGAGGGUACGGGAAGUACCAAGGAACGUGGGUGCCGAUGGAGCGCGGCAUCGCCCUCUCGCGACAGUACGGUGUCGACCGCCUCCUCCAGCCCAUCUUCGACUUUGUCCCGACCGCCGAGUCUCCCCCUCUCGCCCCGAAGCACAUCACUGCCGCUCCCAGCCGCCCUCGCAAGAAGCAGGAUGUCGCGCUCGACCUUGAAGGGAUGCCGACUCCUCCUCCCGUCCACUCUCGCGCAUCGCUCGGCAAGGCGGCGCAAAGGCGGGCGGCGGCGCUUGCGGACGAGGACGACGACGAGUACAUGGGUGGUGGGAGGGUCAUGACGCCUGCGGGAGACGAAGCGAGCGAGAUGAGCCAGACGCCGAGCCCGCUCGGAGCAGACGACGGAGACGCCUACCUCGACAGCAGCCACGUCGGCCCGUCCAAAAAGCGCAAGAUGGCGCACGACCCGGAACCCCUCUCCGCGCACGCCCAGCUCCAGGGUCUCGGCCCGCUCCGCUACGCCCGCAUGAUCCUCGACUACUUCGUCUCGGAGUCGACCCAGGUCCCGCAAUUCCUCCUCCAGCCUCCCGCCGACUUUGACCCGAACGUCGUCAUUGACGAUGACGGCCACACCGCGCUGCACUGGGCGUGCGCGAUGGGCCGCAUUCGCAUCGUCAAGCUCCUCCUUUCCGCCGGCGCCGACAUCUUCCGCGCCAACUCGAUGGGUCAGACGGCUUUGAUGCGCAGCGUCAUGUUCACCAACAACUACGACCUGCGCAAGUUCCCCGAGCUGUUUGAGCUCUUGCAUCGCUCGACGAUCAACAUCGACCGCAACGACCGCACCGUCUUCCACUACAUCGUCGACAUUGCGCUGCAGAAGGGCAAGACGCACGCCGCGCGGUACUAUAUGGAGACGGUCCUCCAGCGCCUCGCCGACUAUCCCGAGGAAGUCGCCGACAUCCUCAACUUCCAAGACGAGGAGGGCGAGACCGCCUUGACGCUCGCUGCCCGCGCACGCUCGAAGCGCCUCGUCAAGAUCCUCCUCGACAAUGGCGCCGAUCCGAAGAUCGCGAACCGCGAUGGAAAGACGGCGGAGGACUACAUCCUCGAGGACGAGCGCUUCCGCGAGCAGGAUGUCGGCGUUGCGGGCGCGGCGGCGGUGUCGGUCAACGGGUACGCGACGGCGGCGAGCUUGACCGGCGCUGGUGCAGCGGCACACAUCUCGCUGCCGACACGGAUGCAUUCGUCCGAGACGGGCCAGCAAAUCGCGACCAAGGUCAUCCCCGACAUCUCGAACCUGCUCGACACCCUCGCGACCUCGUUCGACGCCGAGCUCGCCGACAAAGAGCGCGAGUUGACUCAGGCGGACGCGACGAUUGCGGCGCUGCAGAGCGAGAUUGCCGAGACGCAGCAGACGGUCCAGCAGCUCGAGCAGCGCGCGGCGCAGCACCCUUCGCUCGUCGCCGACGAGGAGCGCUUGCAGGUCGAGCUGGCGGCCAAGAUGGGCAAGCGGUUCCGCCUCGGAUGGGAGAAGUGGGUGCGCGACGAGGACCAGCGCGAGCAGCAGUACGAGCAGGGCGGUGCGAGCGACGGACCGCAGGCCGACCUCGAUGCGUACAGGGAUCUCGUUGAGCACCCUCCUGCUGACGCCGUCGAGCGCGCGAACGCCCUCCGUGGCCGCAUCGAGGAGUUCCGCCACGAGCGCAAGCGCCUCUUUGACGAGCUCGUCAAGGGUCAGGCGGCCGCCGGCACUACGACCAAGCUUGUUCAAUACCGUCAACUCGUCGCCCUCGGCUGCGGAGUCCCGCUCGACCAGGUCGACGCCGCCAUCGACUCGCUCACGGAGAACCUCGACCACGCAAGGCAGGCCGAGGCGUUCGUCGGGGCGUAG